AUGGACGACGGAGCCGAGUCCGGGCCGCACCGCCGCCAACGGCCGCCGCGCUCCGCCAUUGCCGCACUGCUCGGUCUGCUCCUUCUUGUCAACCUCUCGGCGAGCCUGUACCAGUUGCCGUUGAACAGGGUCGUGGAAAAGCGCCUCUGCCAGGAGUACUACAGCCAGCAUGACCCAUCUGUCAUUGGACCUGAUGGAAAUAUCGACGAAAAGCUUUGCAAGGCAGAUCCGAUACAAGCUGGGCUGGGCCGGAUUCAGGGUUUCAUGGACACAACGUGGAUUGUUGGUGACUUCGUAAUGACAAUACCUCUUGGGUUCGUGGCCGAGAGAUACGGCCGAAGGGCCCUCCUGUGGCUGAAUCUCGUUCCCAGGGUGUUCAUGCUGGCUUGGGCCGUUAUCGUCGGCUACUUCGAUCAGAUACUCCCGACAAAAGCCAUCGCAGCAGGUCCGGCACUAUCUUUUCUAGGAGGCGAUUGCGUCUUUAACUCUAUCACAUACUCACUCGCCGCUGGAAUCACGGAUGACUACGUACUUCGUGCGUCCUAUUUCGGGUACAUGAGCUCCAUUACAUAUGUUGUCAAUUUGUUGGGACCAGCGCUUGCCUCUGCCUCGAUGACAUUACUUCUCUGGCUCCCAUUCUGGAUAGGCAUCACACUCCUCGCGAUCGCUAUCCCGACCAUUUCCAUGCUUCCCGAUCAUAAUACAGCAAAAGACCAGCGAGACGAACAGUCGCAGCCUCUAUUAUCCUCCCCGCUUCUCAAAGCCCAGGACUCGGGGCCGACGGUCCUGCGAUCAGUCGUCGACCGCUUCCACGCGCUGCGAGCAUACAUCUCCAAGCGGUACCGGUGGACGUUCGCGUCGGCGGGAUACCUCCUCUCGGGGAAGGCGGUCGUCAACUUCGUGCUGCUGACCAUCAUCGUCCCUCGCGUCCUACGCUCGGCGGUCGCAGGCGCCAACGGGUCGUCCCCGGGCGCGUCGGGCCGCAUCAACUUCCGGUUCGCCAAGCUGUGCUUCGGCGUCUCGGUCCUGGGCGCCGCGGCCAUCGCGGUAUCGGCGACCAUCUGGCUGCUCGUGCCGGCGCUGCUUGUCUAUGCGCUUGGUUCCGCCCUCCCGAUCUUCACGCUCUCGCUGCUCAAGUCGCCGGCUAUCUGUUCCUCCAGCGCGGACGACCGGUUAGAAGGGGACCGCGAGGCAUCAUUGCCUGGCGCAGAUGCGGAAACACCUAUUUUCUCAAUUGUGAUGCUGGUGAAGACGCUUGGCUCGCUUCUGGGCGCGCCGUUGAUGGCGUUCCUCUGGGUUCGGGGCAUCGGCCUAGGCGGCGCUGCGUUGGGAAUGCCGUACUUCGUAAGCGCUGGGUGCUAUGCCGCGGCCAUUUUCAUCUUUUGUCGGAUACGGAUCCAAUGA